AUGUUCAUCGAUUCGGUCUCGUAUGCCAAGCGAGCGGAAGAACUCCUAUGGCGGAAGGUGUUUUACGAACCCUUGUAUUUGUACAAAUUGUACGUGAAGAAUAAUGAUCGACCCGAUUGUAUUGCUGAUUUUGAGCUAUCACUGCGAAUGCACAUUCUCAGCGGUAUUGGGUACUAUCAGUCUCUGCUUUUGCAAGUUCAGUCUGAAAGUUUAAUGACACUGGAACCGUCCGUGUAUUCUUGGCUCACCACUCCGUUCCACGUGGCUCUGUACAACGGUACCGUGUGUCGUUUACAUUUAUAUUGCCUUUUCGCAGAAUAUAUCUACCAUUUUGACCUACGCAACAAUCUGUCCCAUGUGGAUUCUCCGUGCCGGGUCGCGCAACGUUGUCUGAUGUACAUCGGGGAUUUGUUUCGGUACCUUGUAGAACUGGGAGAACUGGGUGCAAAAACCCUGGCAUUUGGCUAUUACACUGCGGCAUUUCACGUUGAUCCUGCACUGGGAUUGCCACAAAAUCAACUUGGAAUUUUGGAUAUUGGACGCUGCUAUGGUCUGAAUGCCCUUUACCACUAUCUUCUCUGUCUUGGUGCUCGCGUUCCUUUUGAGGGUGCCAGGCGCAACUUGCUUACCGUCUUGACGAAAAAUGAGGUGAGAUAUCGUAAACUGUUCGGUGAAAAACCCAUAUACGGAUUGUACCUUCGACAUCCUAACCGCUACCGGUGA